AUGGUCCCUGGGUGCCCAAAGUCUCAGGUAUCCCCUGGGGUGCCUAAAGUCAGUGUCCCCUGGGGUGCCCAAAGUCCAGGUAACCCUCAAAAGCCCAAAAACUCAGGGGUCCCCAAAGCCCAGUUCAGUGUCCUGGGUGCCAAAGUCAGGGUCCCAAUAAAGUCUGUGCAGUCCCCAAAACAGUCCAGUGGUCCCCUGGGCCACCACCCAAGUGCCCAAAGUUCAGGUGGUCCUGGGGUGCCUAAACACCCAAACCAAAGCCAGUUGGUCCCCCUGGGGCCCAAAGUCCAGGGUCCAACCUCAGUGCCAAGUUCAGGUGGUCCCCAAAAUGCAGCCAGUGCCUCCAAAAGCUCAGGUGCAGAUCCCCUGGGUGCCUAA